UUACCUUUGCAAAAGAUGUAUUUGCAUUAAAUAUCUUGUAGCUCAUAUAUACAUUUUCAGAUUUCUUUCAAAUUUUUCCAAUAUGAUUACGACAGUUGUCUCAUCGCAGUGUUAAUAAAUAUCAAAAUAUUUCGUAUAGCUCAGAUAAUAAAUUCAUGAGAGGUUUCUAUAAGUGUUCGGUUACUUCCGUGAAUCACUGUAUCUAUUUUGUGAUUGUUUCGUUUGGAAUUUUGUGUUUCAUUUAUCUUUGACGAGUUUCGUUCGUCAUGUUCGUGUUCCAAGAACUAAAUAACCAUCAAACGUUAACUUUGUAGAGAAAAGAGAUAGAAAUAUGGUCAAUUUGAACGACGAAGACGCACAGACCUUUCGGUACGAAGAUCUCAUUAACGCGUCGAUUGCUAAAUGCUUCCUACUUGGAUGGUUCGAAAUCCACGAUCGCUGCGAGAACACGCUUGGUUAUCAAAGGGUCGUCAACCUGGCGUUUCGUAGAGAACGAUCAAAGAAAUACCUGUAAAUACGACACAGUCAGGUAGAUAUAGUCUGAACCGCCGCGACUCUUUGAGUGGAUGGAAGUCUGCUGAUAAGUAUGAUCACGCAAUCUCUAAUUUGCGGCGCGAGUGUGGAAAAGUCCACGAUGAACAGGAAAUUAGAAAAACACGCGUAUGAUUAACUUUUUAACGCUCGCUUGUCUGUCUCAUUGCGUUAUUCAUUGAUUUUCGUGAAUCGAAAUUGUAUCUUACAUGGAAGAUGUCGCUUUGCUAUAUGUAUAUACUAAAUAUUAAUACACAAAGCGGAAUGAUCUGUCUCUUUAUUUUGGUAAAAAAAGCUUCGCUUUCUUCAUAGUGGUAAAAAUAUUUCGUAUACCUUGUAUAUACAUUGACAAUAUAGAAAAUGUAUUACUAUAUUUAGAAGGUAUGAAUUUAUGUAUGAAGGCUUGCACAUUCUUGGAUGAAAAAUUUGAAAUUGAAUGCGAUAUGAUUUACGUUAUACUCCAUCUUUCGCUUUUUUUUUCUUUAUCUUGAUAAAGGUAUUUCGUACACUAUUGUGAACGUAGAAAACAUUGUUACAAUUUUUACAAGAAGGCGUAAGAAAUCUCAGUCGGUUCGUGCUCGGAUAUAAAAUUGAAAAGAAAUCUGACCGUUAAAAGUUUAAGGACCACUACGUGUUAAAUUUCUCCCCUCCGAUAUCUUCGAAUUAAACGUAAUUACCAAGCAGAACGACAUAGCUUCGCUCUCGAAAAGAGAAGUCUAAUAUAUUCGUCGCGUUUCCAAACUGACAGGCGAAAGUAAUUUUGCGACGCAAAAUGGUUGUACAUGUAGAAAGUACAAGGUUCGCCAGGAGAAGAAAGUGUCAUCGAGCUGACUAAAUGGCGGGUUUCGGUUCGUGUACGCGCCGGUUUGAACAUUAACCGAGUAGUACACGCCCCGUGUUCCAGGCGUCGCGUCGCCAUGGAGUCCGGCGCGUGGUGAAAGUCAUUUUGGUUGGCGAUGGGCUGAUUAUUAUGCUAUCCGAGCAAUCGUCAUUCAAUUAUUACACCCAGUGACCCUCGUCUUCGUUCGGCGUAAUUACGUUGCACGCGUGAAAUAUUGCCGCCCGCCUACUGCGUUGCGCGAAAUUCAACGCAUAUGCAAAUCAUCGACGUUCAACACUUUUUCAAAUUCAAUUUACGUUCACGCGCUCGUCGUGUUAAUGGGAGUGGUGCACUUCUGUUGUCCACCUUGAGUUAGGAAAGGUAGUAUCAUUGGUAAUUGCGUGUUAUUGUUCUCUUUGAAGAUUAACAGAGAAAAGUUGCAAUACCGCGAGUUGUUUACGCGAACGAUCGUGUCUGACCGGUGACAAGAAUUAUCUACUGCCGCCGCAUAUUUCUUAUCUUGCGCUCCGUCGAUUAAAUUUAGAAUUGGAGAGAUCAAGGCGGUUAAAGAAAGAAACACCAAAAACAGCGACAGCGGAGGUGAAGGGGCAUGAUAAGCAAGGACACUAGUGUUUCGCGAGAAUCAGGUGAUCUGGUAGACUAUAAUCAAGCGUUUAGCAUCCAAAGGACGAGGGAGUACCGACAGAUGUGUCGUCGCGUUUCUCGACAACGAAUAUCGGAAUGACGCGUCGAUCAAGUCGUGGCUGGGCAGAGGGCGCAAGGACUUCAUUAAACGGAAAAAAGUAAUACACGUCGUGUUUGGAGCUUGUUGGAGAAGUCUUGGAGUGGAAGAAGGAAGAUCGUCGAACUUAUCAAAUACAAGAUUAAGAAGCGAUCGUGGGUUUAUUGUCUCGUCUCUCCGCAGCAACAGCGAUGGAUAACGUCCUCCCGUCCCUAUCACGAUGUCGUUACUAUGAGAUCCUUCGUGCUGUUAUACCCGACUUUUCCUUACAUCAGACAGCUUCCAGAAGAACACCGUUCGAAUACUUCGACGUUUUCUAUUAGUAAUAAAUCUUACAUCUUGUUCGUCACGCAAAGAAAGAAGUUACAAACAAAACGAAACAAAACAGAAGAGAAAGUUCGGGUCGGUCAAAGAAGAAAUUAAACAAACACAGAAAAAUUGAAGAACCAUAGAAUUUAAUACAAGGACGUUUCAUGAAGAAGAUCAAACUUAACAAAAGGGAGAAAACCAGAAGACAACAGUGAUCUCGUUUAACCUCGAGUGGAGAUCACUAAAUCGCAGAAUCGCUCGCGUUUGAUUAACGUAAUUGCACAAGGACAGCCGACGACUGUCCCUGUGGGUGGUGUGUGGAAGAAGCAGAAGGGCGUCGAUAAAGAAUAGAGGGGUGCGUGGUGAAACGCGACGAGAGGGUGAAGUGAAGGUGUCCUCGUGGGGUGCCAGAGUGAGCACGAUAGCACCUCUGGUGCCCUCGGCCGUGGGUCCCGAGGGGACGGACGCCAUGGCGGCCUCUUCGUCCUCGUCGAGCGGCGAGCAACAGUACUCACUCAGGUGGAACGACUUCCACUCGAGCAUCCUCAGUUCAUUUCGUCAUCUGAGGGACGAGGAGGAUUUCGUGGAUGUGACCCUGGCAUGCGACAGUAGCAGCUUCACCGCGCACAAGGUCGUCCUCUCUGCGUGCAGUCCUUACUUCCGACGGCUCCUCAAGGCGAAUCCAUGUCAGCAUCCGAUUGUGAUCCUGAGGGACGUUGCCUCGUCCGAUAUGGAGUCGUUGCUGCGCUUCAUGUACCACGGCGAGGUUCACGUGGGACAGGAGCAGCUGGCUGCCUUCCUCAAAACGGCGCAGAUGCUUCAGGUUCGGGGGUUGGCCGAUGUGAACAGCGGUGCUGCCACAGCGAAAAUUCCACCUCCUUCGUCGUCUGGUGGAAACAACGGUAGUGCACCGGCGACACCACGCAAUCCGUGGCAAGAUAACGGCAGGGGAGAAUUGAACGAGGGUGCUUUGAGUCCUCCACCAGAGAAGAGACCUAGAAGUUAUAGUCCACCGUUGGGUAACCACGUGGAGCAGAAAACUGACCUGCAGGAAUCACUUCUGGGGCAGGCCCUGGAAGGAGGACCCACGAUACACACGACACCUACGAAUAAUGUACAGACGCAGUCUACAGGCGAUGAAUCAAAUUCAAUGUCAGAUGAAGAGGAGAUGUCGAAUAACGACAGUAUCCUGAAUUCCGUGAAGACGGAACCAAGCGACAUUUUAAAUGAUUCUAUAGAACACCAUCGUAACUCGUUUCCUACGGCGCUCUUGGGAAUACCAGGACUGAUACCAGGGCCAUCCGGGAUCCACGCGGCGAAUCAGGAUCCGAAUUACGUCGGUCGCCGCGGUUUGGACAUGAUGCGGGUCCGCGCCACAGAUCCACGUCCCUGCCCGAAAUGCGGUAAGAUCUAUCGAUCUGCCCACACGUUGCGAACUCAUCUGGAAGAUAAGCACACGAUCUGUCCUGGCUAUCGUUGCGUUCUCUGCGGCACCGUGGCGAAAUCAAGGAACUCUUUGCAUUCGCACAUGUCGCGGCAGCAUCGUGGAAUCAGCACUAAGGACCUACCAGUACUACCGAUGCCGAGUCCGUUCGAUCCUGAACUGGCGUCGCGUCUAUUGGCCAAGGCGGGUGUCAAGGUGAGUCCCGCGGAAUUACGAGCUCGUGCCAGUCCCACGGGACCCAGAAGGGGUGACAUGAGACUGGAGAUACCUCGAGGAGGCGCGCCAUCCGAGGCCGGAAGCAGCAUCUGCGGCGGGGACGACCCGGAAGACCUAACGCUGCCGCUCAGCCUGAGGUAUGGAUCGCCGACGCCAAACAAUAACACUGUGAUCACCAAAGUAAGCGGUAGCAACAGCGGCAUUAACUCCAAAAAUUCGACUGCGACGGCGAUUGCGGCCAAGUCUUUAGACACCAUGCACGGCAGCCGUGAGCCAAAUACGGCUCCUCUUCAUCCACCCGGACAUCUUCAUCCUAGCCAUCAUAACACCAGCGCCACUGGAUCGGCGAUCAUCGAUACGUAUCUACAAUUUAUCGCGGAGAAUUCCGGAUUGACCACAAUGGGACUUAGUGCAGAGCAAGCUGCUGCGGUAGCGGCUGCACACGCGGCUAAGAUGGCUCACAUGAGCGCGAUGGAUAAAUUAGGCAGUCGUGGGAUCGAAGAUUAUCCUAUGAUCGGCAGAGAUGAGGGUCGAGGACCGGGAGUAGUGCACGAGGAUCGUCAGGAUACGUUGCAGGAUAGGCACGUUGGACUUUUGGACGAAGGCGAGACGUCCGGCGGCGAAGAAGAUGACUUUAGCGAGAACGAGGAGCCAGAGAUCGUUAAAGCGGAAUAGAUGGCACGUUAGCGGAAUCUUCCGAACAGAUUUUGUGAUACGUGACCCGAUUAGGAAGUACUUCUGAAAAGAGGUGUCCUGUAUCUUGGAUCCAGCCACGUCCUCUUCCUUCGCGGUCAAAUCCAUCCACUACCUCAGUAGAGACUUACUCCUGUUUUCUUUUCGUUACGAGAGAUGGAACGCUUUUGAUUUUUUUCCAAAGAAGGAAGAAGGAAGAAGUUGAGAAAACGAAGUCACUGCAGAACACAUACGUACCCAUGUGUCUUUGGAUUGGAGAACGAAUCCCUCCUUCGUUACAGAGAAACAAACGGAAUUUUUCGUUGCCCACAGACACACGUACGCCUUCCGGGAGGAUAUGCGUAUGAACACAUAUACACAUGUGUAUAUGCGCGUAUACAGUUUUUAGCCUGUUUAAAAUAUUCCAUCUGUCUACCUCAGUGAACACGAUAAACGAUAAGUAAUGGGACAGACCAAGACGAAUGAAUCUCAUGAAUCAUGAAUUUAGGGGAAAGUAAUAUGAUGAAACGAUUGGAGAUGAAGAGGUCUAUCACCAUGGCUAUUCGACGAUGUCAGUUGCGCUACAGCAAAUGUUCAAGUGAAAAAGAUAUAUUGCGAUGAAAAUAUUGUUCAUGGUAUCAACGACUGUGUUUCUAUAGGAUCGCAGACGAAAGUCUCGGAUCGAGAAGCAAGGCAACGCCAAGGCAACUGUUUGAUCCUUUUUAUUUUCUAUAGGUAGAAAAGAAAAGAGAGAAAGACAAGUAAAGAACAGCGAUCGUAGCGUGUACGCAAUUGGCGCGAUGAUAUUAUUAUUAUAUUAUAUCAUAUUAUUAUAUAUAAAUGUUGAGGAAAAAUAUAUAUUGUCUAGAUAUAUAGAGAAGUUAGUUUACAACGGCACGUACGUACGUACACGGAUACACAUAAAAAGAAUGAAUAAUAAUAAUAAUUGGAGGGGAAGAGAAUAUUAAAGUAAUGGCUAGAGUGGAUACGUGUAGCGCCAGGGUUAGCACCCUUUGUAUUUUUUAGAAGAGCGCACUCACCUGCAAACAUGCGUAUACAAGGCACUACGUACAUUAAAUACACUCUCAUACAUACUACAUUUUACUUUUUAACGUAUUGUGGUAAUACACAUACACAUAUACACAAACGUAUAUACAUGAAAAGUUAUGUAUUAUCGCGUGAUUUAAAAUUACGUGCGGUCGUGUUUUCGCCGAUUAAGAGUCGCUCUAUAGAAGUGCGACGAUUAUUGCGAUUGUUAAUUGUCUAUUCGCUUUAUCGUAGGGAAAGAGGCGGAAUAUGAAACAGAACGAUACCGGGUAGCUCAACAUGUCAAUCGGCAAACAAGAAAUCUUAAUGCUGGUUUAUGUUUAGCGAAGUCGGCCAAACUUUCUUUAAUAGCCUGGAGAGAAUUCUUAGGACAACGUGAUAAAUGGUGUCAGGAUUCGAGAUAGAAAAAGAAGGAGAUAUUUCUUACACAAUCCUCGAGAUGAUGCGUUUUGAAACUGGUCAGUUGAAUUUGAAAUUUUGCUCUGUUUUGAAAUUAGAAUUAGAUAAAGUAGCGCGCGAACUAGGAAAAGAAGGCUUUGACUUAGGUGAAUCAUAAAAUAAUCAAGAACAGGCCCUUCUUGUCGUUCCUUUCGUCAUGCGGAACUCCUCCCCCCCUCCCCCCUUCGUUCUUCUAUUCAAUCGAACCUGUCGAUUAAUCGAACUGGAAACAAAAAUCCAUCCCCCAGGGCUUGCCAUGACCUUUCUAGUACUUAAGUUCUUUUUUUCGGCUUGGGCGAUUUUCUUCUUUCUUGAGGGGAACGACACGAUUCUUUCACCCGUGGACGAGAUCUGCUCAUAGACGAUUAGUUGCUCGUGUACUUUUUUUUCCAAAAGAAUAAUGAGAGUGAAAGAAGGAAAAAUGUGAUGCAAGGGGACUGAUAGUAUAGAGUCACGAGUAGAACGAGAACCACGAUCCAUCUUUUCUUCAUGUUCGUGUUGCUUUUGCUCCUGGAGCAUCCAUCGAAGUCUUUUCCGCAUUCUUAUAUGUCUUUGACUCAUCUCGAUCAACGAUUUUCCUCUCUCAACUCGCGUUAUCUAUAAACCGGUCGAUAUUUCUUUUCCAACGAAUUUUCGUUUCACGAUAGGUAUAUGUAGGAUUUUUAAUAUUAUCGUAUCUCGUUUGAAUCAUGCUCCAGAAUUUUACAAACGUGAUUCUCGUUCUUCGAGUGAUAUGUAGGGUGGAGAGCGGAAGACGAAAAGAAAGAUAGAGGAAGAGGCAGUUUCGAACUCGUAGAUCGCAAUUAUGCGCGCGAUUUCGUGUUUAGGCUCGAAAUGUAUAAUACUAAAAUGGUUCCUACUAAUUGAAUACAUACACGAGCUACUUUGAUUUUAUGGUAUACCUUGAGAAUACAUAUUAUAUAUAUAUAUAUAUGUGUGUAUAUAUAUAUAUAUACACAUACAUACACACACACGAAUGCGCGCGCGCUCGCGCGCACAUUUCACACACAUACACAUACACAUACACAAUUAGGCACGUUUAGCCAAAAAGAGAAACUUAGCAAUACAUACUGGCGCAACGCGAUUUAAACGUUAGGAUUCCUUCCGUUCCGAGUUGUCUAGUAUAAUGACUAUUAUCUUGUCUUUUCUUAUUCUUUUUUAUUGUUUUGGUUAUAUCUUUUUUUUGUUCGUUCGCAUAUGUGUGUGAAAGACAGAGAAUGGUAACAAGUAAAUGAGAGAAUCGAUUCUGUCUGAUGACAAAUUCUUUUUGUAGGUUUUAGCACCUACUUUCUUUUUUUUUUUCUUUUUGCCUAGGUUUAGUAGGUUGUACACAAUACAAUACUCGAAGUAUACUUAUCCUUUCUUAGCUUGUAAGAGAAUUUUACCGAUAAAACACAGGGAUUCUCAGUGACUUUACCAGGCCACUGACGAUAGGAAUACAUCGUUCACGAACGAAACCUGUGUAUGUAUCUCUGCGUGAAGUGAUACGUCCAGAAAGAGAGAGAGAGAGAGAGAGAGAGACAGAGAGAGAGAGAGAGAGAGAGAAAGAGAAAGAGAAAAAGGUUAAACAUUACAUAGAUUCGAAAAAUCAAAAAUGAAAAUGUUCACCAAUCGAACGUGGACGAGCGCGAAACGAGCAAACUUUUUGACGAGUAGCGUCGAUCCUCACCCUUUCCGGUACGAAUUCUCGAGAGUCAUUUAUUAGGGAUUUAAGCUGUAAACCGCAGCUGUAAACGCGGUAAACCGAAGCUAUAACAUUUUAUUCAAGACAAUAAUUACACGAACAUGUGUUUGGAAGGAACGUGUUAUCGGAAUUAUCAGGCCGUGAGAUUUGCAACGAGUUUGGGCGAGUUCGACGCUGAGAUUCUCGAAUUUUUUAAACUUUAUAUUGUAUAUACUUACGAGGGUAUCUGUAUACGAUCGAAAUAUUUGUAUACGAACCACGCAAAGAGGCCAUGUGAAUCGUAAAAUCGAAGUAAAAUUUACUCGUUUACGGUGAUUCGUCUAUUAUGAGUCCUCGAAACGUGAUAUUUUAAUGCUUGUUGUGGACAGUGAAAUUUUUAAUCGCUCGUUUCCUGCCGACGAAUCCACGAAUUGACACGUCACGAGGUUACAACUGGAAGCUUCGUAGAUAGACAUGUUUUAGAUCGAGGAAAAGAAUACGGGAAUGAUCGAUCGAGACGCGAAUCCAGGUCUAAUCGGUACAAAGAAACCACUUCUUGCCUUGAAAAAAGCUCUCUAUAAAUAUUACGCAUCAGGCGUGACCAUAUUGCGAGACAAAGGUUAAAAUGGAAGAGAAAAUAAGGGAGAAGAAGCUGGAAAAAAUGGGGAAAAAAAUAAUAAAAAAAGAAAAAAAAAUUCUUCGCAGAGUACAAAUUUAAUUCGCGGUGUUUUAUCGAGGAGGAGAAUCUUAAAAAGGAGAGGAAACAAGGAGACGGGAAAAUAAUGAAUAACGAAAAAAUAAUA